UUUACACACUAAACAAUCGAUAAUGAAAUAUUUUCAAGAAAUAACAUUUUUACUUGUCGCACUCGUGACCCAAGCAAUGGCUCAGUGGCAAGGCUGUACAUCACGUCCUUGGAUUGCAUCUUGCAAUCAACCUCCUAAUUGGGGUCAUAGAGGUGGUGGCUGUAUGCCUCGCGUCUUAUGGUGGUAUGAUCGUAAUCUUAGAAGUUGUCGUCAAAUGUGGUAUAGAGGCUGUGGUGGCAACGCUAAUCGUUGGUGCAGUCGUUCACAAUGUGAACAGAUAUGUCGUCGUUAGUGUAUUUAAAGAUAUCUAAAAUUUUGAUGUUUUAUUCGGGAGCUAUUAAAGGAUUUAAAAAUAAAUUUUAUAUGAUCUUAAUAAAGAUUUGUGUGUGUUAA